GCCCAAAAACUGAAACAAACAACUCCUCUACUAGUAGUAUAUAUUUACAUGCAUAACAACAUUUCUUACCCAUUAAGCUCUGUUUGGAUUUCAUUUUCAAAUCACUUCUUGUAAUACUAAUUCACACACACACUUUCAAAUGGCUGGCAGUGGAAACGAACACAGACUAAGCCUUGAAGAACCUGAGAAACAGAGCCUUCUCAAUCGCCACACCGAGAAGCACUUCACCGCCGGGGAGAUCGUUCGUGAUAUCAUCAUCGGAGUUUCUGAUGGUCUCACUGUUCCAUUCGCCCUCGCGGCAGGUCUCUCUGGCGCCAAUGCUACUUCUUCCAUCGUUCUUACUGCCGGUAUCGCCGAAGUCGCCGCCGGUGCAAUCUCCAUGGGUCUCGGAGGUUAUUUGGCAGCAAAAGGUGAAGCUGAUCAUUAUAAUAGAGAAUUGAAAAGGGAACAAGAUGAAAUCAUUGCCCUACCAGAAACUGAAGCUGCUGAGGUGGGAGAAAUAUUGGCGGAAUAUGGGAUAGAGGAACAUGAAUAUGCACCUGUGGUGAAUGCUCUGAGAAAGAAUCCUCAAGCAUGGCUUGAUUUCAUGAUGAAAUUUGAGUUGGGACUAGAGAAGCCAGAUCCAAGGAGAGCAUUGUAUAGUGCAAUGACAAUUGCCAUUGCUUAUGUAUUGGGCGGACUUGUUCCUCUCAUUCCUUACAUGUUCAUUCCAAAGGCAACCGAAGCUGUUCUGGUUUCAGUAGUUGUUACUUUGAUUGCUUUGUUUGUUUUUGGCUUUGUCAAAGGAUGCUUCACCGGCAACAAACCCGUCAGAAGUGCUUUGGAAACUGCUCUUAUCGGCGCCAUUGCCUCCGCCGCUGCUUAUGGUUUAGCAAAGGCUUUCCAUCCAUAGUUGGCAGUGAAGGCUAGCUCAUUUUACAAUUAUAUUGUUUCCUUCUUUUUGGCAAUUAGCGGUUUUGGUGGAAACUUUUCGUGAGCAACUUUUAACUUUUUGUUUGAGCUUUCAUGGUUAAUGAUAUCACUUUGCAAUUUAAUUGUCUCUUUUGCUAGAUAUAAUGAAGUACUUCGUUUAGGUUCAACCAUUCGUC